GCACCUUUGGGACAAGAGACCGUGAGUUUUAGUGCCUCCUUAGGCAUAAAGAGAUUGUCCGUCACAAUGAAUGAAACCAGUCAAGGGAAGGUCAUCAUAGAUGUGUUUUAUAGUCACGUAAAAUAUCUGUUGAAGCCCCAGAAUGGAGAAAAUAACCCAAGAGAGAUCAGUUAGUAGCUGCGUUGUUUAACCUAAUUAGCAAUUUAGGGUGGCAUUAUUAACAUACUAAACCAAAUAAGCAAUCCUGAUUAUUGGGGUUGCAAGUAACGAUUUAUUCAUAGGACAAAAGAUGUGAUUUUCGUUUAGGAUUAAGUAUUAUGGUUUGUCAUCCCCGAUUUAUGAUUUAGCGUAUAGUAUCCGUCCCCCCCCCCCCCCGUUUCAUUAACCAAUGGUUCAAUAUCAUGGAUACAAAAAAACUGGGUUGAGUAAUUCAAGGUUACUUAUAUGUAAACACAUCAGUGCCAACAUAGCCUACAAGCCACUGGCCUGAUCUAUAGGUUGCCAAUUGAGUUUGUUGCUCUUAAAACAAAAGCAAAAUUAUGAAAGAAUGCCACCGCGCCAUUCAAUCUUAUUUACACCGGUUUUACUCUAUUGUUAAAACCCCGUCUCUUUAAUCGCGAGCCGGAAAUGCAGCACGCCGGGCGGUUUAGCCUCUCCUCUCUCUGGUUAGUCCUUUUGCUCCUCUCUUCACCAUAGAGUAGAGGAGACUGUUUUCCCCCCCCGUCGAGAUUUAAGUCGCCGGCCGCUGAGGCUGUCGGGAAAGCGGUGGCGUGCGUUGCCUUGCCUUGCCUUGCCUUCGACCGUCCGCGGGGGUGGGCAAAGGGCGCGCGAUUAACGCAGAGGGGCGCCACGCGAGACAAGCGAGGGAGAACCCACUGGAGCAUUUUAGCGGAGUCCGGUCGAUUGAGAGCGAAGCAAGGCAGUGCGGCGGCUUCUUGGGCGCGAUGGCGGGCGGGGGCAGCGCUGGCGAGUGGUGCCUCAUGGAGAGCGACCCAGGCGUCUUCACGGAGCUCAUCAAGGGCUUCGGUUGCAGAGGAGCACAGGUUGAGGAGAUAUGGAGUUUGGAGCCUGAGAACUUUGAAAAAUUAAAGCCAGUUCAUGGACUGAUAUUUUUGUUCAAAUGGCAACCAGGAGAAGAACCAGCUGGUUCUGUUGUUCAGGAUUCCAGAUUAGAUACAUUAUUUUUUGCUAAACAGGUAAUAAAUAAUGCUUGUGCAACUCAAGCAAUAGUCAGUGUUUUGUUGAACUGCACUCAUCAAGAUAUCCAUUUAGGAGAAACACUGUCUGAAUUCAAAGAAUUCUCUCAAAGCUUUGAUGCUGCGAUGAAAGGCUUAGCAUUAAGUAACUCAGAAGUGAUACGACAAGUUCAUAACAGUUUUGCUAGACAACAGAUGUUUGAAUUUGAUGCAAAAUCAACGGCAAAAGAAGAAGAUGCCUUUCACUUUGUCAGCUAUGUUCCUGUAAAUGGUCGAUUAUAUGAAUUGGAUGGUUUGAGAGAAGGUCCAAUAGAUUUAGGAGUGUGCAAUCAAGAUGACUGGAUCAAUGCUGUAAGGCCUGUCAUAGAAAAACGGAUACAAAAGUAUAGUGAAGGUGAGAUAAGGUUUAACCUGAUGGCAAUUGUAUCUGAUAGAAAAAUGAUAUAUGAACAGAAAAUUGCAGAUCUGCAGAGACAGCUAGCUGAGGAAGAGCCGAUGGAUACAGACCAGAGCAGUAAUAUAUUAACUUCUGUUCAAUCCGAAGUUGCAAAGUAUCAGAUGUUAAUUGAAGAAGAAAACCAAAAAUUGAAAAGGUACAAGGGGGCAGUGCAACCUGAUCCCUGCAGCAAGAUUGAAAACAUUAGAAGAAAACACAACUACCUACCAUUUAUCAUGGAAUUGCUAAAAACGUUAGCAGAACAUCAGCAGUUGAUUCCACUAGUAGAAAAGGCAAAAGAAAAACAGAAUGCUAAGAAAGCUCAAGAGGCCAAAUGAAAAUCAAUGUCUUUAAAGGGUGGAGGCCUGGAGAAGAAAAUGUGCUUCUGAAUGUCUUUGUAACUUUGCAAGACUUGUACAGUUUAAAUUUGUCCAGCGCACAUUUGCAAAUUUGUCACAGUUUGUCCUAUCCCAUUUGCACGGGGGUCUUCCCUUUUUCCCUGUUGCUAUCAUGUGCAUGAGCUACCAUUCAGUAAUGGUUUUAGAAUCUCUGUCCAAUUCCAGUAUAUAACAGUGAUUUCUGAUUGAUUCUCCAUAUGUAAUCAGGAAAUGCUGCUGCAAUUUGUAUAGACCCAAAUUGGUGCAAGUAAUGUAGAAGUUUUUACUGUAAUGAACAUAUUUAAAAUAUCUUGUCUCUUAAUGAAACCAUGGAUAUAUAGUUAUGUGAAGAGAGCUUAACUUAUUUUUACAAAUAAGUUGGUCUAUCUUUGCUUACCACCACUAUUUAUCUUGGUCUUGGAAUUGUUCAGUGACUUGACCUAAGUUGUUUUUAUGGAGUUAUGUCUACAUUUUCUACACAACUGAUGGUAAAAAUUUUAACAAUGGAA